AUGUCUUCAGACAACAACAACACCGGUCUCAUGAACACCGAGCCUGGCGGAGAGAACACGCAAUACGAAUCCGUGCACACGUUCGUGGACCCGCCCGCAAAGCAAGCCGGACUCUUCGGCGGCAGCGCCGACAAAACAGCGUCGCCCUUCGCGCAGCCCGCCGGCGCCAACAAGACGACGACGACGAACCUGACGCCCGCCGACAAGAUCCGCUACGGGCAGGCGAUGUCGGAGGACGGGAUGGGCGGGCAGACGGGGCCGGGCCACAAUGAGGGCGGGCCCGGCGCGGAUACGCCGCACUCGGCGGAGGCGAAGCAGAGUCGACGGGAGCAGGGCUAUGAUAGCCAGAAUGAGAUGGCGAGGGAUGUGGGUGCUUAG